GUCCGCGCGCCGGGCUUCCUUUGCCCCCGCCCCGCCCCACGUCUGUGGGAGGGGCCUAAGCAGCGUCCAUCGCCGCGGCCUCGGGCACCUGCCCGAACCCCUCCCUGUCCCCUCAGCGCCCUCCGGCGGGGACCGGAUCUCGCCCCGCUCGGCCUGGGUGCUCACUAUGACCUGCACAAUAGAGAAGAUCUUAACAGAUGCCAAGACCUUGCUUGAAAGGCUGAAAGACCAUGAUAAUGCAGCAGAGUCUCUCAUUGAUCAGUCUACUGUCCUCCAUAAUCGGGUGGCAGCCAUGAAGGAGAUUGGAACGUCACUAUCAGAAAAGUACCAAGAAGAUGCAACUGAUCUGAAGGACAUAUCUAAAUACAAACCUCACAUCUUGCUAUCACAAGAAAACACACAGAUCAGAGACUUGCAACAGGAAAACAGAGAGUUGUGGAUCUCCUUGGAGGAACAUCAAGAUGCUUUGGAACUUAUCAUGAGCAAGUACAGGAAGCAGAUGUUACAUUUAAUAAUGGGAAGAAAAGAUGUGGAUGCUGAGCCAGUCCUAAAAGUGCAUGAGGCUCACUCUUCGGAAAUUGAGAAUCACGUAGACAGAAUCUGUGAGAUGGGGGAAGCGAUGAGAAAAGCUGUUCAGAUGGAUGAUGAUCAAUUCUGUAAAAUUCAGGAAAAACUAGCCCAGUUGGAGCUUGAAAAUAAAGAGCUGCGGGAGCUGUUAUCCAUCAGCAAAGAAACUAUCGAGAUGAGGCGAGAGGAGCUGCCUGACAUUGCAUCUCAAGCCACAAAAUAACUCUCUCUCCAAACUCUUGACUUUUCAGACUCUAUGGAAACCAACCACUGUACAGGAAAAUGUUUUAUCUUAGUUAUGUUUUAUUACUUCAUGUGUUUCCUGGUAUCCCUGUCUGAUGUCACCCUCUGAUGGCAAUGGUUUGCAUUGCUGCUCAGUCUUAACAGUAUUCAACAGCUUAACAAUGAGGCAUUUAUGCAGCUAUACUCCUUGCAAUUGUUUGUUUCCUCUCAUGAAGAAUGUUUCUGGAUCAGCCCCAAUGGGAGACAUCUAACUCUGUAGGCAGCAAUUCAAAUCCACUUUAGCAUUCUCACUUCAUCGGUGGUUACAGAGCAUUUUACAAGUUAUGAUUGUUUUUAUCUAAUAGAUUAUGAGUGAAAGCAUUUAUUGGAGAAGUUGUCUUGUAAAUAUUAAACAUCACACAUUUAAUUUUGCUUUAAAUAACUCUCCAAACAGUAUUUGGCUGGGUUAACAAUGUCACUUAGGCCUGGUCCCCACUAAGUCCCCAAAUCGGACUAAGGUACGCAAAUUCAGCUAUGUUAAUAACGUAGCUGAAUUCGAAGUACCUUAGUCCGAACUUACCGCGGUCCAGACGCGGCAGGAAGUCUCCCCCCGUCGAUGCCGUGUACUCCUCUCGGCGAGCUGGAGUACCGGCGCCGACUGUGAGCACUUCCGGGAUCGAUUUAUCGCGUCUUAACCAGACGCGAUAAAUCGAUCCCAGAACAUCGAUGGCGUGCCGCCGGACCAGCCGGUAAGUGAAGACUAGGCCUUAGAUACAGACUCUCUGCUUUUUAUUGUAAACAGACCGAGAGAAUGGCAGAGCUGUAGUUGAGCAUGUUUUCUAGCUCUUGUGUUGGAAGGAGUGAACAACCCAAAGCCCAGAAAACUAGGUAAUGUUUAAAAACAUCACUCUUAAUCCAGAAACAAUCAAUUUUUAAAUGCAGGCUUUCCAUCCCUGUUAGCAAGAAUUCAAAAGAUUUCUUUUCAUGAAUUAAUACUAAACGUCUCAGUUCCAACACGAGUGUACUUAUUACUUCAUCCUCUUCUGUGAGUGAGGGUUCUGUUGGACAUGGAUAUAGGCCUUAUGUUUUUGAGUGGAAGAGACUUCCUUCCCUCACCCCAGGACAUCUUUGGCAAGUGUGAGUUGGGUAGAGACAAGGGCUUUCUGGAAAGGAAAAUAAUGGGAGAAAAAUUCUCUUCUCCUUUCUUCCAUCUCAGUUGAAGAAUAAAUGAAAUAACCUAGUACGCUAUUUUUCUGAAGAACUCAGUGCUUUGAGACCAGACAGCAAACAGAGUAAUUAUUUAUCAUGGCUCUUGCUUUUAUGGCAACGUGUGCUGUGAGAUUGGCGUAAAUGCAUUCCACCUCAUGACACGACACUGGGUCGUACCACAGCUUGAUUAAGAUGUGGAGUUUAAGGAAUUGGAAGCUGAGCAGCAGUCGCCUUCUCAGACAGUCAUCGCUGAAAUCCUUACUAGGAAGAAGAGUCAAGAGGGUGCUGUUUUAAUGAGUACUUCUGCUAGUCCACUUCUCUAAACAUAAAUGUUCACUGUAGAAUCUGAGACCCUAAAUGUAGUGAGUGUGACUUAUUGCUGUUGGAGGGAUUUCCAGAAGAGCAUAAGGGGGCUUAACUCCCAUUGAAGUCAGUCAGUUAGGUGCCUAACUGUUGAAAAUCCAACCUUUCAUCACAGCACCUGAACUUCAGUCCAAGAGCAAAAUACCUCCUUGUUGCUUCACUUUCCACAAUUGAUCUUCCCCAAUGGAAGUGCUGAGCAAUAAUUUGGCACCUUUCUACAUCCUGUAUGACCAUACUGCAACCACUAGGAACUGGGAUCCUGAGUACAGAACGUGGAAUUGACAGGAAAACUGCUGCUACUCUGUGCUAUACAAACAUAGACUAAUUAGUAGAACUGGUUCAAGUUUAGUAGAAACUUCCUUAGCACCAGUUGUAGCUUUAUGCCUUUAAAUAUGCCAUCAGUGCCACUUUCCGUGUCAAAUGAGUUCCUGUAAUGAGCAGAUAUGUGCCCAGUUUGUUUGAUUCUGAUUUAUACUGUAAAUAUUCUAAGGGAGGAGAUACUAUGAAUAAAUUAGUGUUACUGUGGUGUGCUAUGAUAAUUCUUUCUCAUUUGCCUGCUCUAAGCGGUCAGCUGACUUGAACCAGUUUUCUUUACAGCUCAGGUUUAUCAAGUAUGUAUAUUGGUUUUUUAUUUUUCUUGAAAUAAAUCUCUUGAAGUAUUA